AUGUCCCAAUCAACUUCACAUAAUCCUUCUAACAUUAUCGACGUGGUUCAAAGCCUUGAUACUCCAUCAUUAUCAGGUGUCUCAUCACCCUAUCUUCCUACCGAAUGUUUACAAUGUAUCUUUUCUUUCAUAUCUGAUGAUGAUGUAGAAACUUUUUAUUCUGCUGUAUUGGUUAAUCGUUCAUGGUGUAAAGCCGCUGUUCCAUUCUUAUGGAAAAAGCCUUUUACAACUAAUUUAGAAUUACCAUCAUUACUCAAAAUUGUUCCAAUUUAUUUAAGCUCGAUAAAUGUUGAAUCUUUAUCCGAUGAAUUCAGAGAAUCUUUUUUUCAUUUAGAUCAUUUAAUGUCAUGUAUUGGUGACGAAAAGAGGUUAACUUUUGAUUAUCCUACUUUUUUAAGAGAACUUAAUUUUAAGAAAUUGUAUAAUUCAAUUUCUGAGUGGACAAAUAGUAAUAGAGUUUUCACCCCAAGAUCCUUAUUAAGUGUUGAUUUCGAACUUAAAAGAUUAUCUUUUGUUGAUAAUGGUCAAGGGAAUAUUCAAGGAAGGGUAUAUCAUGAAUAUACAGAUGAAUGGAGUGAUCAAUCUCUUGUUCAUGAUUCAUAUAAUCGUACCGAAUUUGACGUAACAAGUGAUAUCGAUUCCUCCCCCUCGGAAUCCCAUACUGACUAUGAAGAAGUUUGGGAAGAAGAUUGUGAUCAAUAUUAUGAUGAAUAUGAUCAUUUCGAUGUUUCUACUGAACCGGAUCAUAGUGAUCAUGAGGGUGAAUGGUUAGAUACUCCUACACCUUUUGAUAUGACCGAUGAAGGUCGAAGAUUAAUUAUUGCCAGAGAGAUUUGUAUGAUGUUAGUGACUAAAUGUCAUUCAUUCGAUAAACUUAUUCUGGAUAUGCGAGGCUUUUCUCGAAUCUUAUCAUGUCAAUCUGUCAAUUAUAUAUCUUUACCAUGUUUCCCGGGUGCUAGCGAAUCUCUGUCACGUCUCACUGAAUUUUUUUGUGGUGGUGAAUUCUAUAAAGGAGAUAUAUAUAAUGCUAUGUCAAUGUAUUGUAAAGACCUUCAUUCUAUUGUUAUCGUUGACACUUAUCGUUCAGCAAUAGAUUCAUUAGCAAAUCUGAUCUCUGUUCAAAAGAGACUGCAAAAAUUUAGCUGGACCGGUGGAUACGAAGAUUUAUCACCUAUUACUUUAUCAUUUUCCAGUCAACGUGAAAAUCUUAUCGAAGUUCAAUUAGAAAAUGCUUUUUUUAGAGACUCUACUGCUCUUGAAGGGUUAGCUCCUUGUCAAAAUUUGGAAAGUCUUAAAAUUGCUGAAUGUCAACUUACCGCUGCCAAUUUAAGACCUCUGGUAGAUGUUACUUUUCCACGACUCCAAGUUUUAGAAAUUACGGACGUUCGUGACAUUUAUUAUCUUGAUCAUCAUGAAGACAGUACUCCUCCUUCUGAAGAAUUAAAUGCGAUAAUUCGGAGAGCAAAUGGAACACUUCGCGAAAUUCGUUUAAAUUUAGAAUUACACUUUUAUCCUAAUAUCAUCGACACUAUCGCUGAAUGUUGUCCAAAUCUUAAAGUGCUUGCAGCAAGUAUAAAAGAUGAUGAACAAAUUCCCGAACUUCUCAAUUUAUUAAAUUCAUGCAAGCAACUUGAGAGUCUAAUUAUUCAUGGUUAUAAUAGUAAUUUCUUCACUGCCGAUUCUAUUAUGCCUGAAAUUGGUUCAACUAUACCGGAAACUUUACGAUAUUUGGAUCUCACUAAGUGGACAUUUAAAGCUCCAGCUUUAAAGUUGUUCUUAUCAAAUUGCAAUGCAGAAUUGAGGUACAUCACUUGGCAUUGUUUCGUUAAUAAUAAUAGCGAAGAAUAUACUGCAGCGCUCGAAAACUUUGCACAAGAAAAAGAACUUGAGAUAGGAAAUUUGCAAGUGGAUUUUCGCGACUCCGGAUUUGGUUGGUGUCAGUGUGUUUGCAAUAUUUCAGCGGAACUUGUGGAACGCCCAAGUCAAAUUGAAGAUAUAUAA